AUGGCCGCCUCUCUUCCCUACCACGAGCCAGGGAUCGUCACGAUUCUCAUCCAGACAUCGUUCCUGCUCCUCCUCAACAUCGCCAACUUUGUGCUCGAUCACAGCCUCUAUUGCGGGCUUCUUGGGCAGAUAUUCGUAGGAGUUGCUUGGGGAACGCCCGGGAGUGAGUGGCUCAGCACGGAAGCCGAGCAGGUUGUGGUGCAAUUGGGAUAUCUCGGGUUGCUGCUCUUGGUAUAUGAAGGCGGCCUGUCGACCUCUCUGACGGCCCUCAGAGCAAAUCUAUGGCUCUCUUCAUGCGUUGCCGUCACGGGCAUCAGCGUGCCCAUGGGCCUCUCCUUUGUCCUGCAGAAGCUCAGCAGCGCGACACCUCUUCAGGCUUUUGCUGCCGGUGCCGCGCUGUGCUCCACGAGCCUCGGGACAACCUUUACGGUGCUUCGAUCAACUGGUCUGAUCAAGUCCCGGCUCGGCGUCGUGCUCACGAGUGCUGCCAUGAUGGAUGACGUUAUUGGGCUUGUCAUGGUUCAGAUCAUUUCGAAUCUGGGGUCGUCUGUCAAUUGUAUUGGUGCUGUUACUGUUGUCAGGCCACUUCUCGUCUCCCUUGCUUUUGCUGUCUGCGCUCCGCUGGUUUGCGUCUUCGUGGCCCAUCCAUUCACACUAUGGUUGAACUCUCAUCGGAUAAAGCACCCAAAGGGACUCGUGAAUCAGCUUGUCAAAAAAAGGGGGACGCCGUGGGUCAUGCACAGCUCCAUUCUUAUCGGCUGUAUUGCUGGGUCGACAUAUGCUGGUACUUCUAACUUGUUCGCAGCGUAUAUUGCAGGUGCUGCCAUCAGUUGGUGGGAUUCAGAAUUCCAGGAUUCUGUACAAGAAACAUCGGCGGCUGUAACAUUGGCUUCAGAGCAGAACGAAAGUACGAGCCAUACUCAGCAUGAAAACGGCAAUGCGUCUCUGAGCGCAGCCGAACAUUCCCAGAAGGUAGACUCCUCUGGAAGCGCCGUAUUUGAAAGAUAUUACUCACAGCCACUCGAAAGAAUACUGAAGCCAUUCUUCUUUGCGUCGAUUGGCUUCUCCAUACCAAUCACUGAAAUGUUCCACGGCGCCAUUGUGUGGAAAGGGAUCGUAUAUACCACUCUCAUGAUGGUCGGCAAGCUGCUUUGUGGCGUGUGGCUUCUUCGCAUAUCAACUGCGUCCAUUCUCCCACCCAAAGCGGCGGCCAUCAUCAAGCACCUCAAGAACUCGACUCCUCCCGCUCAUCCGCCGCAUUCCCAAGAACCUCCAGCAACCUCCCAAGAGGCUUCACCGCCAUCUCCUCAACCACGUCCAGACUCAGUCACGCAAACAACAAACUCCCAUUCUAGCCCUGCAGGGACCAAUCCGCGCUCAAUCUACCCUGCCUCCAUCCUGGGCUGUGCAAUGACUGCCCGCGGUGAGAUCGGCUUCCUCAUCUCGUCCAUUGCAGAAAGCAACAAGAUCUUCUCUUCAGCGAACGCCGAGGAGGGCAAGAGCUCGGAGAUAUUCCUCGUCGUUACUUGGGCCAUCAUGCUAUGCACUAUACUUGGCCCUUUGUCGUUGGGGCUUGUGGUGAGGCGGGUGAAGCAGUUGGAGCAGGGCGUUGAGAAGGAGGGUCGCCUUGUUCAGAAGGAUGUUCUUGGUGUUUGGGGUUUGUCUUAG